AUGUUAAAUCAGGAGCCAAAACCGAAGCGAUCAAAAUUCAUUGACUCAUGGUUUAAAAGAACAAAUGUUGAGUCUUCAAGUUCAAAUGUGGUUUCUGAACCUUCCAUAUCCUCUCCAAAUAUUGAUGUUGAAUCUCAACCUUCCAUUCCUAAACCACAAAAUAAUAUCAACGGUCUUGAACAUGAUCCUGGAUUACGUUGUGCCAUAUGGAAAUAUCCAGUGAAUGAGCGUGAUAGUAUUCGAAAAGCCUAUGUUUUGUUGGGUCCAUUUCAACCUGAGUUAGAAUUUCCAUUCACUGAACAAGGGAGUCAACAACUUAGAUUUCAGUCUUCUUGGUUCAAGGAUAAUCCAUGGCUUGAAUAUUCAAUUUCUCUUGAUAGGGCGUAUUGCUUCCCUUGUUUUCUAUUUGACACUGAAGAUUCUCACUAUCCAGCAUUCACCGUUGAUGGGUUUAAGGCUUGGAAGAGGGUUUGUGGUGGUGAUAAUGUGUUGACGAAGCAUGUAGGAGGCCUUAAUUCUCCCCAUCAUGCUGCAAUGCAAAAAUGGGAUUUAUUAAGAAAUCCUACCAAGAAAAUUGAAACAGUUUUUCAGUCAAAAUGUAGUAAGGAUAUAGAGGACAAUCGAUUGAGGCUUAAGGCUUCAAUAGAAAGUGUAAGAUUGCUAGCUAAUCAGGGAGCUCCUUUUAGAGGCCAUGAUGAAACUAAAAACUCAUUGAAUGCAGGAUAUUUUAGAGAAGUCAUAAAAUCUUUUUCAAGAAUGAGUGUAGAGGUUGAGAGAGUUGUUUUGGGAAAUGCUCCCGGAAAUGCCAAGUACAUUUGUCCAUCAAUUCAAAAGCAACUUCUAAAUAUUCUUGGUAAUAAAGUGAGGAACAAGAUACGUGAAGAAGUUGGAGAUUCUAAAUAUUGUAUUCUUGUUGAUAAAGCAGUAGAUACAUCUAGUAAGGAACAAAUGACCAUUAUUUUGAGGUUUGUUGAUUGCCAAGGUAUUAUUCGAGAACGAUUUUUUAAGACUGUGAGUGUUCCUAACACUACCUCACAAACUCUUAAAGAUGAGAUUUCUAAAGUACUUACCAUGUACAAUCUUCAAGUGAGAAAUAUGCAUGGUCAAGGAUAUGAUGGUGCUAGCAAUAUGAGAGGUAUUUAUAAUGGGUUACAAGCACUGUUUCUUCAAGAGUGUCCUUAUGCUUAUUAUGUGCAUUGUUUUACUCACCGCUUGCAAUUGACAUUGAAUGCUACAGCUAAAGGGGGAUAUGAGAUUUGA